AUGAACGAUCGACCUUCCCCGUCCCGCAGGCCGUCUUCGCGCAGCUCGUCGCUGCGGCGACUCGGCGGCUGGGUCGUCGCGCGCCUGUCGAACCUUCACUGGGUCGACGAGCGGCUGGCCCGUUCCGCCCAGUUGUACGGCCGUCACACGGCCCUGAUACUGGAUCUCUACGGUUUCCGCACGGUGAUCAAUCUGCGGGGGGAGAACCUGGAGACCACCUGGUAUGCCGACGAGGCGGAGGCCUGUCGCGCGCUGGGUGUCGCCUUCCUGGACGUACCGAUCAAUUCGCGCCGGAUCCCGCGCCGCGCGGAACUGCUGGCUCUGGUGCAGGCCUUCGAUGCGCUGGAGGCGCCGGCGCUGAUCAAGUGCGCGGGCGGCGCGGACCGCACGGGACUGGCCUGCUUUCUCUAUCUGAUCGACCGCAGGGGACCCGGGCAUUUUCCGGCGGCCCGGCGGCAUCUGACAGCCUGGCCCUACCUGCAUAUCCCCAAACUGCAGCAGCGCUGGCUGCGGCAGCUCCUGAUCUACUGGCAAACCCAUCGGGGUCCGGAGAUGCCGCUGCGCUGCUGGCUGGCCGAGAUCUACGAUCCGCAGCACUUCGCCGGCUGGCUGGAUGCACGGGGCCUGCGCGGCACCUACCGCAGCGAUUUGGGCACUUUGGGCUCCGCCUUUGCACGUUUCGUCUAUGCCUUUCCCCUGGCCGUCGCCUAUCUGCUGGUGACGGCCGAACUGGCGGGAACGCCCGUGCCCGGCAUCCAUGGCGCCUUCCUGGUCUACGCGCUGCUCGGCGGUACUGCGCAGAUCCUUGCCACGGUCUGCCUGAUCGAGGCCUUCGGUUACCGGAACUUCGCGGUCGCCACGGCCUAUUCGAAGACCGAGACGGUCCAGGCCGCCGUGUUCGGCCUGAUCCUGCUGGGCGAUGCACUGAGUCCCCUGGCGGCACUGGGCAUCGCGAUCUCGCUGGCGGGCGUCGUCGCAAUCUCUCUGAAACGCCAGAAGGCCGGUUGGCGACAGCUUCUCACAGGUUGGCUGCAGCCGGCGGCGCUCUUGGGGAUCGCCUCGGGUGCCGGCUUCGCGCUCUCCGCCGUCUGCUACCGUGCGGCCAGUCUGUCGCUGGAGCCGGUGGGUGCCGGCCUGCAGGCGGCGACGACGCUGGCCUGGGUGCUGGGGUUGCAGACCCUCGCCAUGGGGGCCUGGCUGGCCUGGCGGCGGCCGGCGCAGCUUCGGGCGGUCUUCGCGAGCUGGCGGACCUCCGGCUGGAUCGGGGCGGCGGGCAUGGCGGCCUCGGCCGGCUGGUUCACCGCGAUGACGCUCGAGAACGCCGCGCAUGUGCGCGCCCUCGGUCAGGUCGAACUGGUCUUCACGCUGGCGGCCUCCUGGCUGUUUUUCAAGGAACGCUCGACCGCCGUCGAACUGCUGGGGAUCUCCGCCGUGGUGGCGGGCAUCGUUAUCCUGCUGCUGGGGAUGAGACCCCUGACCAUCGGAUUUAUCGUCGCCGUGGCCGUCGCCGCCGGCAUUGCGCUGGCGGUGCAGAAGUGGAGUCCUGCCGGCGGCUGUUCCCGCGAGCCCGGAGCCGGCGUCGAUUGGAGCGGCUGCAACCGCCAGGCGCUCGACCUGAGGAAUGAAGGCCUCAGCGGCAUGAUCUUCAUUGGGGCCGACAUCGCCCGCUCCGCGCUCGCGGGUGCGGAUCUGAGAAAGGCGGACUUCACGCGAGCCCGGCUGGACCGCGUGGUCUUCGACGGAGCCGACCUGCGAGAGGCGCUGUUCGACCGGGCCGAGGGGCCGCGGGCCAGUUUCCGAAACGCCGAUCUUGCCGGCGCCGAUCUCAGCAAGGCGAUUCUGCCGCGCGGCGACUUUGCGGGCGCCGUCCUCUCGGAGGUCAAGCUCGCCAAGGCGGACCUGCAACGCAGCGAUCUGCAGCAAGCGAACCUUGAGGGCGCGGACCUCAGCGAAACGAUGCUGGCGCGCGCGGAUCUGCGCGACGCGCGCCUGGGCGGCGCCGACCUGGCGAAGGCCUAUCUGAUGAUGGCCGAUCUGCGGGGGCUUGAUCUCUCGGCCACCGAGGGACUCACGACGGCACAGCUGGCCGAGGCCUGCGGCGAUGCCGACACCCGGCUACCGUCCGACGUGGUGCGCCCGGAUACCUGGCCUUGCCUCUCUCUGGAAGAGGUAAAGAGCUUGAAGGCCGGGUCGGCCAUCUUGGCUGUAGAUGGCGCAGACCUCCACCGUCGCGCCCUUGGCCAUCAGGGCCUCCAGCAGGCUGCGCACCGUCAUGCCGGUCGGCGUGAUGGUCUCGGUCGCGGCCUCGGGAGGGGUCGCCAGGGCGACAUCGCCGGCCGGCCCGCAGAGCAGAAGGUCGACCCGACGCCCUUUUCCGGCAACCUGAUUCGACAGCACCAGAGCCAUCGCCUGGGUCUCGCUGUCCGCCGCGGUUAUCACCGUCAGCAGGUGCAUCGGCGGUUCGUCGUCCUCGCUGGCCUUGGCACCUUGCGGCGCAGAGAUCGUCAGGGCGAGAAGCAGGGCGGCCAGCAGCGGUUUAGCCAAGCUGGGAAGCAGUCGGCGGCGGGGCAGCGUGAAAGGCAUGGCGGCAGUCUCCUGAAAUGCAUCCGGCGGGCCGGUGGCCCGAGGCGCGGCCGCUUCGGCACACUGCCGAUCCAUCAUGGAUUCUUUUGUAUUUGGAGGCUGUUCCCCGUGUCCGUCGCAUCGCGUACCAACCUCGCCGUCAAUGGCCCGCGCUUCUGGGAAACCAUCGAGACUUCGGCCGCCAUCGGCACCGGGCCGGAAGGCGGUCUGAGGCGCCUGGCGCUGGGCGACGCCGACCGGGAGAUGCGCGACCGCUUUGCCGCCUGGUGCCGGGAGGCCGGCUACGCUGUUUCGGUCGACCGGCUGGGCAAUCUGUUCGCGCGUCGGGCCGGAACGGACGACAGCCUGCCCCCCGUUCUGAUCGGCAGCCAUCUGGAUACCCAGGCCGCCGGCGGCCGCUUUGACGGCAUCGUUGGCGUGCUGGGCGGACUGGAGGUGCUGCGCAGUCUGGACGAUCUGGAGAUCGAGACCCGGCGACCGGUCGAGGUGGUCAACUGGACCAACGAGGAGGGUGCGCGCUUUACCCCGCCGAUGCUCUCCUCCGCCGUUUUCGCCGGCCUGCGCGAGCUGGACUGGGCCCUGGCGCGCGAAGACGAUACCGGCGUCACCGUCGGGGCGGAACUGGAUCGCAUCGGCUACGCCGGCCCGGCGCCGGUCGGCGGGCGCGCGCUGGACAGCUACUUCGAGAUCCACAUUGAGCAGGGGCCUCGCCUGGAAGCCGAAGGGUUCCGGGUCGGCCUCGUUACCGGCGCCUACGUCGCACGCGGCAUGAUCCUGAAGAUCGAGGGGGAGAACGCGCACUCGGGUCCGACGGCCAUGCAUCUGCGCCAGAACGCCAUCGUCGGCGCGGCCAUGAUGGCGGUCGCAGUCAACGAGGUCGGGUGGCGCUAUUCCUGGUGCGACGGCAAGUCCACGGUGGCGCGGCUGGAGGCCUGGCCGAACAAGCCGGGCAUUCUGUCCGACGAAGCGCGGCUGUUCGUCGAUUUCCGAAGCCCCGAUGCGGACACCACGGCCCGGAUGGAGGCGGAGAUCCGGGCCGCUCUGCCGGAUGCCGAACGGCGCAGCCAGUGCCGGAUCGAGGUUGCGGAAGACUGGACCUUCGGCGAUCUCGCCUUCGACGAGGGCUUGCUCGACCUGGUCCGCGCCACCGCCGGGCGCCUGGAGGUUCCGCUGCUGGAACUGCCGAGUCAGGCAGGCCACGACGCCUACAAUCUGUCCAAGCUUUGCCCAACGGUGUUGAUCUUCACGCCCUGCGCCGGCGGGAUCACGCACAACGAAAAAGAAGACACGUUCAACCCCCUGGCACGCCUGCGUCUGACCUCACGGACGACGCUGCUGACCAUCAGCCUGAUCGCCUUCUCGAUCGCGGCGGUGAGCGCCGUCACGAUCUUCCAGCUCAACCGGGAGAUCGAGCGGCAGGUUAUCGAGCGGCAGGCGGCGAGCCUGCGCAUCGCCGCGAUGAUCAUGGAGCAGAACUACAGCUCCUUCGAGGCGGAGUACGACAACUCCGGCGAGGUGGUGAAGCUGACCAUGCGGGAGAUCCCCGAGUUUCUGCAUCAUCUGGUGAUCGAUCAGAUCGGUCAGAUGACCGGCGAGACGGCGACGCUCUUCGCCUUUCAGCCGGAGGACGGGGACUUCUGGCGGCGCACCACCAACAUCAUCAAGCCGGACGGCCAGCGCGCCGUCGGGACGCCGUUGGGCAAGACCGGGGCAGUGCAUGCCGCGAUCAUGCGGGGCGAAACCUUCCUGGGCGAGGCGAACAUCCUGGGCCAGGACUACUACACCAUCUACAAGCCGAUCUUCAGCCCGGACGACCGGGUCAUCGGCAUUCUCUAUGCCGGCGUUCUGAAGUCGGACAUCGCCGCGGUGCUGAACAAGAUGACGCUGGGCCUGGCCGGCGCGGCGGCCGUUCUGCUGCUGAUCUCCGCCGCGGCGGCCUGGGGCCUGUUCCAUCUGAUGCUCCGCCCGAUCCCGAGGCUCGCCGGCGUGAUGCAACGCAUGUCGCAGAACCAGGCGGUCGAGGUUCCCUACCAGGACAAGCAGGACGAACUGGGCGAGAUGGCCCGUACACUCGAGGUUUUCCGCGCCGGUCUGGAGGAGAACGAGAAACUCCGCGCCGAGCAGCUGCAGGCCGAGCGCCGCGCGGAAGAGGAGAAGCAGGCGGCCCUUCGGAACCUCGCGGAACAGUUCGAAACGGAUGUCGGCCGCAUCGUCGAGGCCGUUCGCCAGGGCAGUGCCGCGUUGAACCGGGAGGCAGGCAGCGUCUCCAGCCUGGUCGAGCAGACCGAGGGCACCUCGGCCCGCGUCGCCGGCUCCACCCAGGAGGCCUCCAACGCCGUGCAGUCG